CACGUGCGAAAAGUAAAGUAUCGAUCGACUUGUAGUAUUUUGGAAGAGUGUAUUCUUUUAUUUUCGCCAUGGGUAUCCUCGAAAAAAUCGCCGAAAUAGAAAAUGAGAUGGCACGAACGCAGAAGAACAAGGCAACAGCCCACCAUCUUGGAUUGUUGAAAGCUCGAUUAGCGAAAUUACGGAGGGAACUCAUCACACCAAAAGGCGGAGGGGGAGCAACAGGGGAAGGUUUUGAUGUGGCAAAGACUGGUGAUGCUAGAAUUGGCUUUGUUGGGUUUCCAUCUGUUGGAAAGUCAACUCUUUUGACCACUCUGGCAGGCGUCUACUCAGAAGUUGCUGCUUAUGAAUUCACCACCCUUACCACUGUUCCUGGUGUGAUUCGGUAUAAAGGAGCUAAAAUUCAACUCCUUGAUUUGCCAGGAAUUAUUGAGGGGGCCAAGGAUGGCAAAGGAAGAGGUCGUCAAGUUAUCGCAGUUGCCAGGACAUGCAGCCUGAUUUUUAUAGUACUAGAUGUGCUAAAGCCCCUGGGACACAAGCGACUCAUUGAACAUGAAUUGGAAGGAUUUGGUAUAAGGCUGAAUAAGGAACCACCAAACAUAACAUUCAGAAAGAAAGAAAAGGGUGGAAUCAACCUGCAAACCACAUGCACCCAGUCUGAGCUGGACAUUGAUUCGGUGAGAUCCAUCUUGAGUGAAUACCGCAUUGCUAAUGCUGACAUAACCCUGAGAUAUGAUGCCAAUGCAGAUGAUCUCAUUGAUGUCAUUGAAGGAAACAGGGUUUACAUUCCUUGCAUCUAUAUUCUGAACAAAAUUGAUCAAAUUUCAAUAGAAGAAUUAGAUUUGAUCUACCGCAUACCACACGCAGUUCCAUUAUCAGCUCACCAUAAGUGGAACUUUGAUGACUUGCUAGAAAAAACUUGGGAAUACCUCAGUCUUAUAAGAAUAUAUACAAAGCCUAAAGGUCAGCUACCAGAUUAUGAAAGCCCUGUGGUGUUGAAAAAUGGCCAGUCAUCUAUCGAAGACUUCUGUAACAACUUACACAAGAGCAUCAUGAAAGAAUUCAAACAUGCAUUAGUUUGGGGUUCAUCUGUGAAAUUUAGUCCACAGAAAGUUGGUAAAGAGCAUAUAUUGCACGAUGAAGAUGUUGUUCAAGUAGUAAAAAAAGUGUAAUGAUGAAAAGAAAAACCUCGAGGAGAAUGAUCUCACCUGCAAGGAACUGACCUGAGAUGAGAAAAGCACCUUUUGAUGCCAUCAUUUUAGAUGGAACUAUUUUUUGAGCUAAAAUGUUUGUAUAUGUGGACAGAAUGAAUUGAUCAUCAUUAGUCAAACUGGUGAUAUUGAUAUCAAAUGAUGCUUAGUCAACUGAUAACAGGGUGGUUGUUUCUGUUCACUAGAUAGUCUUCCUUUAUAAGUACUGCUUGAAGCUGCAACUUUCUUGUUAGAAAAAAUUAUAAAAUUACUAAAUAUGCAGUGCAGGGGGAAAAUUUGGCUACCUGUGUUUGGCAGACCAGAAAAAAGCCGUAACAUUUUCAUUAUGUCAAGUUUGUGAUCCAAAUUUGAAAUGAGAUGAAUAUAUUCAUGAAAUAUGGUCGAUAGUCUGUCAUUGUGUUUGAUGAAUGUGUUGUUCUUUCUCCUUUGUUGGCCUUGAGAUGUUGAUGAACUUCCAUUAACAAUUACCAUCAUGCUAUUUGUUUUCCAAACUAGCACUCAAAGGCAGUGUAGUACAUAAUGAGUUAUAGCCCACUAAUGAAUUUCUGUAAAAUUUAAUUGGCUACUUUACAUUUCAUGGCUAAAAAUCAUUGGACAGUUAUCACGCAAUAACCUCUGUCAGCAUUAAUAUUUGUCCUGCGGGUAUUUCUGUUGAAACAAAACAAAGCCAAGAGAAAGAAGCCAGGCAGAGAGUUUCCCAUUUUCAACUUUUGUAUUUUACAUGAAAGAAAAACCAACUUUUUAAAGUUGACAGAGAGUAACAUUAAAAGGACACUAUUACUGGUCACAAAUGCUUCUCCUGAAGGCACAGAAAGAUCAAUAAAACACGCUGUCAACUUCUCUGAAGGGGAAGAAAGUUACCAACAGACUUUCAGAUUUAGUCUUAGACAAACUUACAGUCAUUUUAUAAAAUAGAGUAUUAAUUCACUGUAUUUACUAACUAUACAGUAAAUAGAUCAGCCGUUCUUGUCAAA